GAAAAUGUGACAGAUGACAUUUCAGUAUAAACUUGAAAAAUUUCGGCUAAAAAAUGACAGAUAAGGAUUAUGCACCGCUUAGCGCGGCCUGUGUACGGGCCCUACAUGAUAAAGUACAUGAUAAAAGAAAAACUGCGGCUUUGGAAGUUGAGAAAAUGGUUAGAGAUUUUUAUCAAGUGAAUAAUGCAAGUCAAAUAAAAAGGAUUAUUAAAGUUUGUGGAGAAUUUGCAACGUCUCAAAACCCUUUUGUUAGACGUGGAGGAUUACUGGCAUUAGCAUCUGUUGCCAUUGCAUUAGGAAAAGAUGCUUCAGUUUACACACAUCAAUUAAUUAAACCGAUCAUUUCAUGCUUCGCUGACCCCGAUACGCGAUUACGAUUUGCGGCUUGCGAAUCAUUAUACAAUGUUGUGAAAGCAGUUCGAGAUGCAAUUCUGCCAUAUUUUUCUGAAGUAUUUAACGCAUUAAGUAAACUUGCUACAGAUCCUGAUCAAUCAGUUAAAAGUGCAUCAGAAGUGCUUGAUCGAUUAUUAAAGGAUAUUGUAACAGAAAGUCCUGCAUUUGAUUUAGUAGGAUUUAUGCCACUUUUAAGAGAAAGAAUUUAUACGAAGAAUCCAUGUGCAAGACAAUUUAUCAUAUCUUGGAUAUCAGUAUUAGAUGCUGUUCCCGAUAUUGAUUUAAUUAUAUUUCUUCCCGAAAUUUUGGAUGGAUUAUUUCGUCUUUUAGAAGAUUCUCCAGGCGAUGUGAAAAAAACAUGUGAUUCAGUACUGGGGGAAUUUUUAAGAAAAAUUAAGAAUGAUCCCACGCGAAUAGCGUUUCCAGAAAUGAUUAAUAUUUUAAUAACUACACAUGCUCAAUCAACCGAUGAACUUGUUCAGUUUACGGCAAUUACUUGGAUCCAGGUAUUUGUUCAAUUAUCUGGUCCAUUAAUGCGGCCUUAUAUGUCUGGUAUAUUUACAGCAAUCCUUCCAUGUUUAGCCUAUGAUGGAGACAGUCGUAAAAAAGAUAUAAAAGAAACAGCAACCGCUGUUAGUUUAAGUCUAAUGAGACUUGUAACUUUAACUGAGGAUAACAGUAAUUUACCACCGUUAGAAGCCCUUAAUUUGAGUGAUGAAGAACGAAAGGCAAAAACUAAUUUAGAUUUACCGAGUAUUGUCUUAGUAUUGAAACAACAUUUAGCUCAUAAUUCAGUCCAAACCAAAGUUGCAGUAUUAGAAUGGAUCUAUCAUUUGUAUACAAACAUUCCAAAUGAGAUGUUCAAUCAUAUUGACGAAUUAUUCGUUGAAUUAUUGCGAACAUUAUCGGAUUCAUCAAAUGAGGUGGUGAAAAAAUGUCUGGUUGUAAUUUCUGAAAUCAUUUCACCUCAUGCUUCAACAGAUAACUUUAACCAGCAAGUUCAACAACCAAUUUCUGGCGAAAAUAUCUUAAUAAAGAAUGAUUAUUAUAAAAAAUUCAUUGUUGAUUUGUUAAGAUUAUUUAGGACUGAUAAAACGUUACUUGAAAGUCGUGGAACAUUCAUCAUACGGCAAUUAUGUGUAAAUUUAAAUGCCGAAGAUAUAUAUCGUAGCUUAGCACAAAUUUUAUUCAACGAAUCAAAUUUAAAGUUUGUCAGUACAAUGGUUGAAACCUUAAAUGUGAUUUUAUUCACAGCACAAGAGUUAUUCGAAUUACGAAUGCUUUUAAAAGAACUUAAUACUGAGGAAAGUUGUAAGCUUUUCCAAACUUUAUAUCAAACAUGGUGUCAUAAUCCUGUAGCAACUGUAGCUUUAUGCCUACUUUCACAAAAUUAUCAACAUGCGUCACAACUUAUUAGAAGCUUCGGUAAUUUGGAAGUUACAGUAGAGUUUUUAACAGAAAUUGAUAUGUUAGUUCAAUUAAUUGAAUCGCCUAUUUUCGCAUUUUUACGUUUAGAGUUAUUAGAAGUUCCAUGCAAUCCGUACUUAGUGCGCUCGUUAUAUGGAUUAUUAAUGUUAUUGCCACAAUCCGAUGCAUUCCAUACACUUCGACAACGAUUAGCUUGCAUUCCAAGCCAUCAUUUAUAUUGUGAUAAUAGGAUUGGUAACGAAGUUAAUAAUACAGUAAAUACGAAAUUGAGUAAAAUGGAUUAUAAGCAAAUGCUAGAACAUUUCUUACAAAUUCAAGACAAACAUAAGACUAGUAAGCAAGCAAUACGUGCUAAAAAUUUAAACUCAUUAGAGUAUGAUAUGAAUCCAUAUGAAUUUUAAAAAAUGUAGAUUUUGUAAACAUUUGU